AAGAAGCAGCAGCUGAAUCAAUGACGUGUUAUUGUUGCGACGCGUGGCAAGCAAUCGCUUUGUUUUCAGGUUUUAACCGGUGUCCGAGUAAUUUGUCUAAUAUUGCUUAAACAAAACAACCCCAAGAAAUUCGUUACUGAAGCAUUCAUUAAGAGCAGCGAUGAGCAAACGAAAAGCGCCGCAAGAAACUUUAAAUGAGGGAAUCACGGACUUUCUUAUUGAAUUGGCCAAUUAUGAAAAAAAUGUAAACAGGGCUAUCCAUAAGUACAAUGCAUACAGAAAAGCUGCUUCUGUGAUUGCCAAGUACCCACAUAAAAUCAAAAGUGGCACUGAAGCCAAAAAACUGGAUGGAGUUGGUGCAAAGAUUGCUGAGAAAAUUGAUGAGUAUUUAACCACAGGGAAACUACGCAAACUGGAAAAGAUUCGCAAUGACGACACCAGCUCCUCUAUCAAUUUUUUAACUAGAGUGACUGGAAUAGGCCCAGCUGCUGCUAGGAAGUUCUAUGAUGAAGGUGUCAAGACCCUAGAUGAUUUGAGGAAGAUUGAACACAAGCUAAACCAUCAUCAGCAGAUUGGCCUGAAGUACUUUGAAGAAUUUGAGCUCAGAAUUCCCCGCAAGGAGAUGGAAAAAAUGGAGGCUUUAAUAUUGCAGGAGUUGGAGCAGCUCGACCCAGAAUACAUUGGUACCAUCUGCGGCAGCUACAGACGAGGAGCAGAAUCAAGUGGUGAUAUUGAUAUACUGCUGACUCACCCGGAUUUUACUUCCCAAUCCCAUAAACAACCCAGGCUGCUCCAUGCAGUGGUAGAACACCUUGAGUCUAUUGGAUUUAUCACUGAUACUUUGUCCAAAGGAGAUACGAAGUUCAUGGGUGUAUGCCAGCUACAAAGAGGAGUUGAGAAUAAGAAUGAUUAUAAUCAUCGCCGUAUUGAUAUCAGGCUUAUUCCCAAGGACCAGUAUUACUGUGGUGUGCUUUACUUUACUGGAAGUGAUAUAUUCAAUAAGAAUAUGAGAACCCAUGCACUUGAGAAAGGCUUCACCCUUAAUGAGUACACUAUUCGUCCACUAGGAGUCACUGGUGUGCCUGGAGAGCCCUUACUGGUGGACAGUGAGAAGGAUAUAUUUGACUACAUCCACUUGAAAUACAGAGAGCCGAAAGAACGCAGCGAAUAAGUCACUUGAGGUUUUGGUAGUAAUCUUGUUGAUACCUCAGUAAAAUAAUCUUCAGUGACAAUAAAAGAAAGUUGUGUGUUGUGUCUGUGUGUGAUUAGAAAAGUUGGUUACAUUUUAAUACUUUUGUUUUCAGUUGUUGAAUAUGUUUAAGUAUUUUUUUUUUAAAAGUUUUUAUUUUUAUUUUUUUAUUUGCCAUUCUUUAUGAAAGUAUGUUUCCUAAAUGCUUUACUACUGUUAAUGCUGUGGUCUUUACCAUUUGUGUGUCAAUUUUAACACCACUUAUGAAAUGAGAUGUAACUUAAAUUAGUCAACUUGUGUACUAUUGCAGCUGGUUUUAGUAUGUAUUAAUAUUUUUACUGAUUAUUAAAUAAUUGUGUUAUUAGCAACA